CAGGGUGUUAAAAUUGUAAGAUGCGCAAAACGUCAUUUUUUGUUUGCAAGGGAAACUACUGUGCUUAAUUUGUAAAAACGAAACAAUAACAAUGGCCGAAUGGCGGAAGUGGUGGGGAUGAACAGGUUGGGUUUUCCUGGAUACAAACUGAGACCUCUAUGACACACUGAUGGACGAUCAUGUUCUCCACCUCACGGCAUCAAAGGCAUGACACAGCGCAUCAUGGGAAGUUCACCCCCCUGCCCAUGUCCGAGAUGGGGACUAACAGCCCCAGGGGCGGUGCCGGGCUGAGUAGCGCCGCCAAGGACAUGGUGACCGCCACCAAGCUGAUCAGCCCCUACAUCACCCUGAAAACCUUCCUGAUCAUCAUCUUCAUCUCGCUCAUCAUCAUCGCCGUGGCCAUCCUGGCAGCUGUACUAAUUAUAACUAGUGAGUACACGAUGUUUCCUGUGCCAGACAUGACAUCAGAAGCCAGUGAACCAUCAUUUGUCAACGCUUCGGAGAGAACAGAGUCUCCUUUAUCUUCUACUACUACUCCUUUCAUUUUGUCCUCCUCAUCCUCCUCGACAACAUCCAGAACUACAGCAUCAACAAAGUUGACCACAACUACAGUAACAACUUCAACAACAAGCACAACAUCAUCUUCCACAGCAACCACCACCACCACCACUACAACAUCUUAUCGUCCUCCUUGUAAGUCUGGAGAAUAUCAAUGUGCCAACUACCAGUGUGUUGAUCAUUCCAAACUAUGUGACGGCUACCCAGAUUGUGAGGAUGGAACAGAUGAAAGUUUAUUUUGUAAUUGCACUGCUGAGCAGUUCAGGUGUUCCAAUGGACAGUGUAUCCCAAAAUCCUCUGUUUGUGACAAAUAUUUUGAUUGUUUGACUUAUGAGGACGAAGCCAACUGUCCAGAUUGUGCUGGUUUCAGAUGUAAGUCUAACAAUGUGUGUUUGUGGGAUAGCAAUGAAAAACGUUGUGAUGCUGUCUAUGAUUGUGAUGAUUUCAGUGAUGAAAUCAAUUGCAAUCUAGGAUACGGUCACAGCCGAUGUAAGAAUGGUGUUGAGGUCAGGAGUUUGCUUUGGUGUGAUGGAGUUGAUGACUGUGGGGACAAUACUGAUGAAGAGAACUGUGUGUGUGAAAAGCUUCAGAAAUUUGCUUGCACCUCAAAACCACAAGGGCAGUGUAUCCCCAGACAAUGGGUAUGUGAUGGCAUCUCUGACUGUGAGACUGGGGCUGAUGAAAGUUCAUGUACCAAUUGUUCUGCAGAUCAGUUUCAAUGCAAAGACUACUCCUGUAUACCCCAUAGCAUGCAUUGUGAUGGGAAAGUUGAUUGUGCAACUGUAGGAGGGGAUGAAGACAAUUGUGUUAAGGUAGACACAGACAAUGAGCUAACUAUAACUUUUGGAGGAGUAAUGUUGCCAGUAUGCUGGGACUUUUGGUCCAAUGACCACAGCGCCUAUGUCUGCUCUAGUCAACAAAGAAGGCUAGUCUCAAGUUGGCCUACAAAAAAGUUGUCACCUGCCUCAAGGUUUGCUGUUCUCAAGAACCAAUCUUGGAAUAUUGCUGAUCCAACCAAUCAGACCUUCUCCUUCAGUGAAGCAUGUCCGUCUGGAGAAAUUGUAAACAUAAAAUGUCAAGAUCAAGGUCUGUGUGGGCUUAGAAAAGUAGAGUUUCUGGAGAGCUAUGUGGCCGGUGGAGGGCUGCCUCCACUUGGCAAGUGGCCUUGGGUGGUGUCCCUUUCAUUCCUUGACACUUUAAUAUGCGGAGGAGCUUUAAUUGCAAGACGUUGGGUCUUGACUGCUGCACACUGUCUUUCCAUGCCAGUUCCAGACAGGAUUGACUUAGACUUUACGAAGACACCCUUCUACUUCACAAUCACUGCUGGAAGCAUACUGAAAAUUAAUGAUCCCAAGACUAAACUCUCUGCCAAUGACUUAUAUAGGCAGACUGUUCGUGUUGCAGAGAUAAUCAACCAUCCAUAUGAAUGGGAUCUGGCAUUACUGAAACUAGAGAAGGAGGUGACCUAUACUGAAGCAGUUCAACCAUUGUGUCUCCCUCCUGAGGACUAUGUUUUCUUGCCCAGGGCUUACUGCUAUUUAGCUGGAUGGGGUCAUUUCAAUUCCAAACAGUACAUGAGACCUCAGACACUGAGAGAUGCCAGGCUACAAGUAUGGACUGAAAACAGGUGCAGCAAGAACAAAGUUCUAGGAGAGACCAUUGUUAAUAUUAACUCCACAAUAUGUACUGGCUACAGAAGUGGUGUGCCCAGCGGAUGCACUGGAGACAGUGGAGGACCAUUGAUGUGCUUGGAUCCAGCUUCUGGACUUUAUACAUUGGCCGGAAUAAUGAGUAGAGGUGCUUCUGUUUGUGGUCAAGGGAGGUCAUUAAGCAACAGGUUUGCUCGUGUUUCAACAUCGGUUCAGUGGAUAAAGAACAUAAUGGGAAAAAGAUCACCAUGACAACAUUAUAGAGAAUGAAAAUAUGUGUCAAUAGCAUCUUUUUAUGAAAUAAAUGAGAAAAUUGUAUUUAUAUAGAUUCUAAUAAUGUUGCUUUUCAAUGCAACCAAAAAUCAAAAGCCAUUUAUCUUCUUUACGCCCUUAUUGUAAUAAUAAUGGCAAUUUCUUUGAUACAAAAGAUAUAUAGACAAAAAACUUUUACACAUCAAAUUUUUUUAUCAAACAAUUUAAUUUAUUAAAGUACAUUGUUGUCAAUUAAAUAUGUGUUUAUAUAUAUAUAUACAAGCUCCUUUUUAUGUUUACAUCAUUUGGAGUUUCUUUUAUAAUUGCAAUUACACUCAGUCCUAUCUUUUGAGAGUAAUUAUCUUUUUUGAAGUAACGUCUGUAUUAUAUAACAGAGUCAAGGCCUACUAAAAAAUGUUCCAUUUUUACUUAUUUUAGUCAAAACAUUUUUUAUUGUUCGUUUGCUUUCAAAGAAAAUCUAAAUCAAAAAUUCAUUUUUUUUAAUGUAUAAUCUUUGUAACAUUUUUGCUAUUCAAAAAGUGGAUUUUUAAAAAUUAACAAAUGUUUAUUACAUGUUUAAUGAUUGUGAAAAUUUAGUGCUUUUUUUUGUAUUCAAUGAAAUUUUUUUCUGAAUCUCAGUAAUUUAUUUUAUAUUCAAUGUGCCUGCUAAAAUAUUUGUUUAUAAGAUUCUCACUUUGAAAAUAUUUACAAUUUUCAAAUUUAUGCUUCAAGUUAAAAUCAUUUAUUAAGGCUAAUUUUCAUAGCUGAGAUCUAGAGCUUCAUAACCAGCUUAUUAACAAGUUUGUGGCAUCAUUGAGCUAAAAAGACAAGCUAAAUAAAAAAAUCAAAAUGAUUGCAUCCAAGUUGAAUCAGGCCCACAACUUAUUCAGUGCAAAAUGUAACUAUCUUUUAAAGGCAAAGAUUGAAGUGCAUGGCCUUCUUUGCAUAAACAUAAAAUAAAGAUAUGAUUAUAGUAAAUGCUUUUUUAAACUCUGUCUUGUAGCACUGGGUCUUAAUUAAAACUCUUUGUAAAUUUGAACCAAUUUCUUUGGUAUUUUUCUGUGUUUGUGAAAGUUCUCAAAAAGUCACAUGGUUGUUCAUCAAUUCGAUUUUGUGUUCCAAGUUUAAUCGUCAGUUUUCAUUUGCCCUUUUGUAUCCAAAAAAAAAAAUUGUUUUUAUUUUACAAAUUUAUAUCUAUUUUCUUUUUUCAAUAUUUACUUACAUAUCAAAUUGAAUGCUGAACUUGCCUUAUGUUGUUUCAGAAGUCUACAUUUUAUUGACUCUUAGACCAAAGUCUUUCUCUGUGUUUUUAUCAGCAGUUAUAGCAAAAUAUGUAUUUUAAAAAAAGUAUUUUUGAGAAUGUAUGACUCUAUGUACACUUCAUUUGUGUUUGGUGGCUAAUACAGCUUUUAUUUGUUAUAGAUUGCUUUAUGGCUUUUGUUCUGUACUUUGCAUGAGUUUUCACAAGGCAAAAAAAUUUGACAGAAUUAUCUUUAAUUUAUUGUGCUGCUUUAAGAUAUAAUUUAUUUUUUGUAAUCAUAUUUUUACAUUUUAUUCUUAUAGUCAAUAGUUUUACUUUUUUUGUGUGUAAAAUUUAAGCACAGACUAAAUGUAUAUUGCUGAGCAUGAUGGCCGAGUGGAAAAGUGCUUGGGUUCCUCUUUGAGGAGUUUUGAGAUUGAAUCUCAUUGAAGAAUUUCAGGUACUCAACUCUAAUGGGUACCUGACAUGUUGGGGAUGUUAAAGCUGGCCACAUGACACCCUCGUUGACUGUCAAAUAUCAUCUGCCCCCAUAGAUCGAGAGGUCUUAAAGGGGUAACUUUUACAAUUGUACUUUAUAUGUAUUCUAUAUAUUACUAAGAUAAAGAAUUUUCUUUGUUUCUGAGUGUAUAACUUGCAUUAGUGAAAAAAUAUCAUACCCUUUCAAUGUCAAUACACCUUCUUUUUGUGUUUCUUUAACCAGUAAUUGCAGAAUGUCUGCUACUACAAGAACAUUAAAGCUGGCAUUUUUAACAAUGGAAUAUUUCCUUUCCCUCUUUCUAUACAUCUGAUCUAUUUGCUCCCUGAAAAUGCCAAUUAUAGUAAUUAGGUUUCUUACCUUUAUUUUUUUUAAAUACAAUCAUUUCAAAAUAUUUGUAUAUAAAUCAAAUCUGGUAUAUGUUUAUAAUUACCCUAGUAAUAUAUUUUUCUCUCCCUUUUCUUGUAUUUUUUUUAACCAAAUUUUUAUUAAAUGUAAACUUUUGUUCAUUUUCUGUACAACUGCUGAUUGAGGCUCUUUCCUGUUUUAACAGAGUUUUACUAAUGUGUUCAUUCUUAAUUCAAUGGUUGUGAAUAUAUCAUGAUUUAUAUUUAUGAGUAUUAUAUAUUAAGCAUUACAGUGUAUUUUUAACCAUAUCAAUAGUACUUACAUUUUUUUUAACAUAUCUUGUUAUACUGUUAUAGAAUUUACAUUUACUUUUGGUAGAUACAAAUGUACAUUUUUGUGUACAUAGAUAUACCUUUUAUUGUGUUAACUUUUUUUUUUUCAAUGCAAUAUUGUUUCAGCUUUCAAAUUUCAGAACUACUAGAUCUAUCUUUUAAUAGUCACAUACUAUCAUUGAAGAUGUUUUAUAUUUAGCUCUGUCCUGUGAGGUUUAAUUGUUUUUUUUUUAAAGUUCAACAUAGAUAUUGGUAGCAAUGGGUCUUUGAAAUGGUUGUAAAGAAUGAUACAGCUAACAUUGCAUCAUUCCAUAAUGUACUUAUCUAAUUGGCUGUUAAUAACUAUUAACUUUUAUGUGAGAAAUCAAAAGGUCAAAGGAUGGCUGCCUUGUCAUAUGGAAUGUGCUCCAGACUGUCAAUAUAGAUAGUCCCAGGUUUGAACUCUGUCCGCAGCCAUCCCACAGGAGGUUUGCGCAAAAUAAUCUUCAUUUACGUGAAGGAAAGUCACAAAUGUACAAGUGAAGUCUUUAAUGCCUUGAUAAAGUGAAACCUUUUUUACUCGUAGUUCUCAAUUUGAUAAACUAAGUAGAUCAGCUUUAUCCACCAAGGAAAGAAAAGAAAUAGACAGUGAUUUAAAAAAAAGGAAAAUAAAAAGGAAUUACUUCAUAGUAUUUUUGUCUCUGUGUGCUGAAUGAUAUUCUUUGGCCAUUCAAUUCAGUGUGCAACAGAGAAGAAUUGUCAACAAUAGACUUAUAACCGAUAUGAUACACUCUUACAUAAUCAGUUAUUUUUGGACAUGACUUGAAUGUAUUAAACACUAAAUGUUUAAAACUACUACUAAUAAUAAGAUUGUUAUGUUUUCCAUAAGGAUUCAACAAUACUCAUAAAAUAGAAUGACUUUUUCAAUAGACAAAUACAUAUAAAUAAAAUGUACAUUCAAAAUCAAAACUUUCAAAAUUCUUUACACAGAAGGUAACAAUUUUUUUAUUAAUAAUUUAAUUGCUGGAGAAAUUAAAAAAUGUUGUCUGUAUUCUUUUAAUUAUUGAUGCUUUUUUUCCCUCUUAAAAUUGACAUUAUGAUGUCAAUAAAAAAAUAUGUUGUCAAAACUUUA